AACACGGAGAAGACUCGCGCGGGGAAGACGCGGCGGCCUCGGCGCCCACGCUCGCAGGCGAACGGCGGCCGAGCUGCGGGGCCGCGCCGGCCCUGCACCCCUGGCGGCUCCCGCGCUGCGCUUGCCUUUGUCCGCUGGCCGGAGCGCGCGGCGUCGCUGACCGAGGCGGCGGCUGCCCCCUGGCCCCGCGCGCCGCGGCGAUGCCGGACAAGAUCUCCGUGUCGGAAUUCGUGGCCGAGACCCUCGAGGACUACAAGGCGCCCACGGCCUCCAGCUUCACCACGCGCACGGCCCAGUGCCGCAACACGGUGGCGGCCAUCGAGGAGGCUUUGGACGUGGACCGGAUGGUUCUUUACAAAAUGAAGAAAUCGGUGAAAGCAAUAAACAUCUCUGGCCUGGCGCAUGUGGAGAAUGAGGAGCAGUACACCCAGGCCCUGGAGAAGUUCGGCGGCAACUGCGUGUGCAGAGAUGACCCGGAUUUAGGGAGCGCAUUCCUGAAGUUCUCCGUGUUCACCAAGGAGUUGACGGCUCUGUUCAAAAACCUGAUUCAAAACAUGAACAACAUCAUCUCCUUCCCUUUGGACAGUUUGCUGAAAGGUGACCUGAAAGGAGUCAAAGGGGAUUUGAAAAAGCCCUUUGACAAAGCUUGGAAGGACUAUGAAACGAAAAUAACCAAAAUAGAGAAGGAGAAGAAGGAGCACGCCAAGCUGCACGGGAUGAUCCGCACUGAAAUAAGCGGGGCUGAGAUCGCGGAGGAGAUGGAAAAGGAGCGGCGCUUCUUCCAGCUCCAGAUGUGUGAGUAUUUGCUGAAGGUGAAUGAAAUCAAGAUUAAAAAAGGAGUGGAUUUACUUCAGAAUCUGAUCAAAUACUUCCAUGCCCAGUGCAACUUUUUCCAGGACGGACUGAAAGCGGUAGAGAGCCUCAAGCCCUCCAUCGAGACACUGUCCACAGACCUGCACACGAUCAAGCAGGCCCAGGAUGAAGAAAGAAAGCAACUCAUACAGCUUCGAGAUAUUUUGAAAUCAGCACUGCAGGUGGAGCAGAAAGAGGAUUCACAGCUUCGCCAGAGCACAGCAUAUAGCUUACACCAGCCACAGGGAAACAAGGAGCAUGGCACGGAGCGAAACGGCAACCUCUACAAGAAAAGUGACGGGAUCCGAAAAGUGUGGCAGAAAAGGAAAUGUUCAGUGAAGAACGGUUUUCUGACCAUAUCCCACGGUACCGCUAACCGGCCUCCUGCAAAGCUCAACCUGUUGACCUGCCAGGUGAAGACUAACCCUGAGGAGAGGAAGUGUUUUGACCUCAUCUCACAUGACAGAACCUACCACUUCCAAGCAGAGGAUGAGCAGGAGUGCCAGAUAUGGAUGUCCGUGCUGCAGAACAGCAAGGAAGAGGCUUUGAACAAUGCGUUUAAGGGCGAUGACAGCACUGGGGAGAACAAUAUCGUCCAGGAGCUGACCAAGGAGAUCAUCACGGAGGUGCAGAGGAUGACCGGCAACGACGUGUGCUGCGACUGCGGGGCGCCAGAUCCUACAUGGCUGUCCACUAACCUGGGCAUCCUGACCUGUAUCGAGUGUUCCGGAAUCCACCGGGAGCUGGGUGUUCAUUACUCCAGGAUGCAGUCCCUGACCUUAGACGUGCUGGGAACGUCUGAGCUGCUGCUUGCCAAGAAUAUUGGGAAUGCAGGCUUUAACGAGAUCAUGGAGUGCUGCCUGCCAGCCGAGGACGCCAUCAAACCCUCCCCAGGCAGCGACAUGAACGCAAGGAAGGACUACAUCACGGCCAAGUACAUCGAGAAGCGGUAUGCGAGGAAGAAGCACGCGGACCAUGCUGCAAAGCUGCACAGCCUGUGUGAGGCUGUCAAGACGAGGGACAUCUUCGGGUUGUUGCAAGCCUACGCCGAUGGUGUGGACCUCACAGAGAAGAUCCCACUGGCCAACGGACACGAGCCGGAGGAGACGGGCCUGCAUCUCGCAGUCAGAUCCGUCGACCGGACUUCUCUUCACAUUGUGGACUUUUUGGUUCAAAACAGCGGGAAUCUGGACAAGCAGACAGGCAAAGGCAGCACGGCCCUGCACUACUGCUGCCUGACCGACAAUGCCGAGUGCCUCAAGCUGCUCCUGCGAGGCAAGGCCUCCAUCGAGAUCGCGAACGAGUCCGGAGAGACCCCGCUGGACAUUGCCAAGCGCCUGAAGCAUGAGCGCUGUGAAGAGCUGCUGACCCAGGCCUUGUCCGGGAGGUUCAACUUGCACGUCCACGUCGAGUAUGAGUGGCGGCUGCUCCAUGAGGACCUGGACGAGAGUGAUGAUGACGUGGAUGAGAAGCUACAGCCCAGCCCCAACCGCCGAGAGGACCGGCCCGUCAGCUUCUACCAACUGGGGUCCGGCCCGCUUCCACCCAGUGCUGCAUCCCUGGCCCGAGAUGCUGCUGGCCUCGCCAAAGACAAGCUGAAGAGCUUUGUGCCAAGCAUCCUGCAGAAUGAAACAUACGGCACCAUCCUGGGCAGCAGUCCCCCACUGUCGGCCCAGCCUGCAGCCCCCAGUGGCAGCAGCGCCCCCCCACUCCCACCCCGCAACCUUGGCAAAGUUCAGACAGCCUCCUCGGUUAACGCCCCGUGGAAGACAAACUCUGUAGGUGUGGACGGGGUCAGCAGGCAGCGAUCCUCAUCAGAUCCGCCAGCUGUCCACCCACCGCUGCCCCCUCUUCGCGUGACAUCGACCAAUCCCCUGACCUCUACACCACCCCCUUCCGUGGCCAAGCCGCCUGGGGUGCUGGAAGCCCUAGGCCAGGCCAGCAAGGCUGGGCCGUCCACAGCCUCGCAGAGCAAGCCCCUGCCCCCCCAGCCGCCCAGCCGCUUGCUGCAGAAGAAGCCAGCGCCUGGGACCGACAAGCCAACCCUGCUGGGCAGCAAAGGCCAGCCGAGAGGGCCAGAAGCUGUGGGUCCCCUGUCUAGCACUGCACCCCUGCAGCCACCUGCGCCUAUGCCCAGGAAGUCUCAGGCGACCAAGGCAAAGCCUAAGCGGGUAAAAGCGCUCUACAACUGCGUGGCUGACAAUCCAGAUGAGCUGACCUUCUCCGAGGGUGACGUGAUUGUCGUGGAUGGGGAGGAGGACCAGGAGUGGUGGAUCGGCCACCUUGAGGGAGACCCCAGCCGCAAAGGAGCUUUCCCUGUGUCCUUCGUGCACUUUAUCGCUGACUGACUGGUUCCCUCCUCAGCUGCCAAUCCCAGGCUCAGCCUGGACGUUUGCAGUUCUCAUGAAAUGUUACUAUACUUCAAUUAGGAAAGAUGGAAUUUCCUAAGGUGCACUGAAAAGUUAUUGGAAUUACAUAACCAAGAUCUGGCAUCAACAAAAUUAGCUAACCCUAAAAAUGCUGAAACGAAAAUAAUUGGGAAAUUUUCCUGCUUUCCUAGGUCUCACAUUCUGGAGUUUCUAUUUUAGGAUGCUAAUAAACUGCCACUCUAAAUAAAAAUCCACAGCAGCCAUGCAUGCUGACAGACACCAGUCAUCCCAGCACUCUGGGAGGCGGAGGAUGAGGCAUUGGGAUACCAAGUUUGCCCACAGCCUAGGCAACUUAGCCACUUAUUGAAACCCCGUAUCAAAAAAUGAAAAAAGGGCCAGGAAGGUAAGCUUAGGGCAAACAUCCUGAAUUCAAAUCUUGGUGGGAUUGGGGCGGGGGGAUUUCUUAGUUACGUUUUACUCGUCACAGACAAAAUACCUGACACCCAAAGUUAGGGAAGGAAAGGUUUAUUUCUUAUAGUUCUUAGAGAUUUCUGUCCCUACUCAGUGGGGCCAUCGUUCAUGGCCGCUAUGAACAGGCAAGAGAGAGACCUUCUUCCUGUCAUUAUACUGUAUGCUGGCUCCACCCCUAGGUAGUGUACCACUCACACCAUCAAUCCAAGCACUAGACAGCAAGCACUAGACAGCAAUCACAAACAUUAGAUUUGGUUGAGUGCAUAAUUGCAUGAGGCUUGGGGGCCACUGACAUAAAAGGAGGAUAUGAAAAUGUUUAUGGCAUGUGAAAAUUGUGUGACCUCUAGAUGACACUGCCUGUGAAGAAAGUUUCAUGUCACAGCCAGGCCCAGGAAUCCCCAUCAGUUCAGCUUUAAAGACACCCACUCUGCAACCCACCCAGUCAGUGUCUGUAGCUCAGGGACAUGAACCUCCAGUUUUGUAACCUGCCCUGCAUGCGUGUGAUCUGUGUUGGAACAAUCAUACUCGGCCAAACUUCUGGCAGCCCCUGAUGACCUCCAGAAAUGGCAAUCCAUCCUCUGGGUUUUAACAAGCCAUUUCCUGGCUUGGGCAAAGACCACUGGAUGAGCUGCAGAACUGUCUCUCUGCCUUGCUUACAUGUUUUCGGGGUUCAGCUUUUGCUGCCUUGGGUCCCCCAGGACACAGCAGCUGUGUGCCUGCCACUUCCUAUCGUAUAUGUCGCUGACUAACCUGUGUAGCCCCCAAGGACACCCCUAGCUUAGCAACCUGAAUCUGUAGAGGACAUGGACAGAAUGGUUGUUCCUGUCUUCACCUGCAUCUGUCCAUUUGCACUUGAGAACUGUCAGGAAUACAGUGUUCCACAUUCUUAUCCUGCCAAGACCAUCGGUGUCACCUUACCUUACACUACCAGGGUGGGGGGUUGUGCGCCAAGAAAAUCCCAGCUCAUGAGCGUAAUGAACUCGACUGUCCAGUCUCCACAUGGUCAGCGUCAGAGUCAGAGGCUGGAAGGUUCGAUGCUCUGGGGAUGGGCAGGUGUGCAGUGCCCACUCGCAUCAUAAACACAGAGGGGUGAUGUAGCUUGGCGAGUGAGGCGGCAGCACCUACACCGUAUUGUCUGAUGGCAGACUGGAUCAAAGCAGCAUGUCCUCACAAUGCAAGGCUCCCCUAAGUGUGCAGCGUUUAAAGCUUUCUUUGUCCCUGUGUUUUUGUUUGCUCUGGUAAAGACAGGACUGGAAUAUUUUGCGAUGUCCAAGAGCCAUCACUUUUUGUCUUUCAAUGUUCCAGGUCAAUGUUUAAAGUCUUUUUUUUUUUUUAAAGCACUACAUCUGAGUUCACUACCGGUUACUUCCUGUUGAUGUCUGAACCCUCUGUUGAGUCCAUUUUCUCAGAUUUAAGAGCCUGAGCACACGGCUGGCUGCCCUGCAUGGUUGUGACGCCCAGUGCAGUGAUCUGAGGAAUCCUCCCUUAUCUCCAGUCCCAAAGUAGCCACCCCCUGGGAAGCGCUUCCCAGCCAGCCCCCAGGGGGCGCUCCCGGGAGCCAGCAAUAGUCCUCACCCAGGGGAAUUCUUUUCACUUCCCCACCAUGCCUUUUCUUAGUUAUUUGCUCUUGGCAAUUGGAAAGAAAGAAAGAAGAAAGCGAAAAAAACAAAGCAGACCUUAGAAGGAAGAGAACAUUGUAGAUAAAUAUUUAUAUUCGAAGUUUACAUUUCAUGAACUUCAGCGCGGGCUUCUGCCAUCUCUGUGCCAUUUCCGGGGCUCUGGCUGAGGGGCCGCGGUGGCAGGUGGGCGGCUUGCUGCGUGGCCCGGGCGACGCUGUUGGAGAUGUAUUAUAUUCAGUCCACUCACUCAAUGACUUCGGGCUAGGUGCAGCGCAACUGUAUAUAUUGUAUAACCGAAAUUGAUUAUUUUCAUUGUUCCUAAUGCAGUGAUUUAUAAUUAGAGCAUGUCUAAUAAAGUUUACUCCUCGUUAACUAGUCAUUCGACUAGAAGAAAAAUAAAGUACUUUUAAAUGGA